AUGGCAGAAAAGUAUGGCUCACCUUCCUCUCAUGUCCUAAAAUCUACUCCCCAGAGCCAAAAGGCUAGUGGGAGUAAGAAAAGGAGUCAAUUACCUUCUUUAGGAGGCGAGAUCGUCACUCCUUCUCGAGCCAGUAUCAUACCCUCACCCAAAGGGAAGGAGAGAGCUCUUGAAUUCCGUAGUACAAUCACACCUGUCAAUGGAGUCUCUUCAGAGAAAUCCGAGCGAAAACAGAAGAGGCAUCCCAAGGUAAAGAAAUUGCCUAAUGGUGAAGGCUCGAGCAGUGGAACCUACGGGCAGACAACCCAUCAUCCAGUAAAGCGAAAAGACGAUAGUCUGUGGGAUGCAAUCCCCGUUGCUCAGAAUGAGAUUUCAGGCAUACCUCCUGUUUGGUCCAACGAUGGAAGAUUUUACUUUACCGUGACUCACACCUCUAUUCAUAUCCACUCUUCGACUUCUCCUGCUUUCAAUCGUCUUUCCACACUCUCGUCCACUCACCCACUGGGACAUAUAAAACCCAUCACUUCGCUUCAUCUGUCGCCUGUGAAUCCUUUCCAGAUCGUCUCAUCUGCCGAGGAUGGGACAAUCAAAAUCUGGGAUUGGGUGGCAGGCCGACUUGUUCGAACAAUAAAGUUCACAGAACUACAAGCGAACGUACAACACGUCGCCUUUGGUGAAGUGGCUGGUAAAUGGUGGAUCUUCGCUGCAGUAUCGCAUAGCAAAGAUGGUUCCGCAACUAAACUUUCUUACCGAAUUUUGCGUGUACCUUUCGCUGGUUCCGUAUCCCCUUCUUUGGUUGGAAAACUCUCUGCUCAUCCAGCGGCUUUGAUCAUGUCCCCUCGAUCGACUUACCUAGUUGCUCUUGCCGCCACGAAGGCUUACACUUACCGGAUGCCUACUGCUUCUGCAACAGGUUCAAGCGUUUGGGAAAAUCGACCAACAUGCGUCAAAUUCGUAUCCGAUCAGUCCUUCACUUGCGGUAGUUUCUGUCCUGAUAAAACCUUAGCUACCUCAAGUGAAGAAGAAUGGUUUGCUACAGGUGAUCAAAAAGGUGUCAUCCGUUUGUGGCAUGGUCUGGCCCAAGCUUUCAAGCAAGUUGAUACAGCUGCUCAGGCUAUGAUUGGUGGAUCAGGAGAUCCUAACAAAGCGUUGCUUCCCGAGACAGAGAAGCGAUUACCUACAACAUCACUUCACUGGCAUGCUCAUGCUGUGUCAGCAAUAGCUUUCACUCCAUCUGGAUCACAACUUUUGUCUGUCGGCGAGGAAAGUGUACUUGUGCAAUGGCACCUUGCUUCUGGCAAGAGAGAAUAUAUCCCUCGUCUGGGCGGGAGACCCAUCAUCAGUCUGGCUGUGAGAAACGCCACUCGCCUUGGUGAGGAAGAAUGGUGGAUGAGCUUAGCAGAUGGUGCCGUCAUUCGAGUUGGAUCAGCUUCAGGUCAUAUCAACAAUGUUGGACAAGGGAUUAGACUGGAUCCGUUACGACCCACCUCGAGCACUUCCUCAUACCCGUCUUCGCUUCAUCCUUCCACCUCCGCUUUGGUCGUCCCCUCGUCUCAUCCCUCCACCUUGCAAUUCAUUGACCCUAUAGCUUCUUCCGUUCUCUUUGAUCUCGAGGUGGCACCAUCCAAUCGUGUCAGUCGUCGAGACGAGAAAGAGCUGGAACCAGUCUCAGUGGAGAAAGUUGCUUUCUCAAAUUCACAAGACGGCAAAUCCCUCUGGAUGGCCACUUUUGAAAGCAGGAAAGGCGACGAUAUGGAAGGUGGUGGUGCUGUCAAGAAUCUCAAAUUGUGGAAGUGGCAGGAUGACAAAUAUUUCGUCAACACCCAGUUUCCUCGACCGCAUGACAUGUCCGACAUCGUAUCCGUCGUUUUCUCACCCAUCUCUCAGACGUCUACAACUUCUUCUAAUUCAUCCAUCUUGCCUACGCCUUACCUCUUGACUGCUUCCGCUGACGGUGUGGCCAAAAUAUGGCAAGUCCGACAAUCCAAAAAAUCUCAGCAAGGAAAAGUGGCGAUCAAAAAGCCCCCGCUUAUUGAAUUGUACUGGUCAUGUCGGUCAACAUUCGAUUAUAGAGGCAUGCCCAUUUACGAUUCGGCAUUCUCCCCAGAUGGCACCAUUGUCGCACUUGCACACGGCCCUGUACUUACCCUCUGGGACAUCGAGAGUAACGUAUUACUGAAGGUCUUCGAUGCCCCAGCUGGUGUCGACGUUGAACGAAUUGGCUUUGUAGGCGACGAAGGCAGGUAUCUUGUGGGCGCAGGACGAAAUAACGGCGUCGUUUCUUGGGACUUGCUAUCUUGCGAAGUUGCAUGGUCAAAGUCAAGUCAAAAUGUGCAAAACCUUGUAAUUGCCAAUGGGUUUUUCCUCACAUCUUCUUCGGCAUCAGACGACAAAACGGAUGUUACUAUGUUUUCUCCUUCAUCUUCAUUACCCCUACGAACGAUGGCCAUCUCCUAUCCUGUCAAACAUCUGCAUAUACUUCCAUCACCGUCUGAAUCCUCUUCAUCGCUCCAUCUUAUUGGUAUUUCGCCUUCGGGCGAGAUCUUCCGCUUUGGAGACUUGGCUCAUUCAACAGUUCCUUUGUCUGCCAAAAAUGUGGCAACUGCCUCUCAAAUACAAGGCUUGUCAAUUUGGCAAGAAAUGUUUGGCAAAGAUGCUUUCCUCGACUCACUUUCACUUGAGCCCUCUCUGACCGAUACUGCAACUGCUACAGCCCUUCAACAACAAAUAGCAGGUAAAGGAAAGCCGUCUGAUGUGUUCAACGGACCUAGUCAUACUAUGCCUUCUACAGGAUUAUUGUUUGACGCAUUCAUGGACGAACUUUUGUCGGGACAUUUGGCCACUCCUGCUCUUGCAGAAAAUCGAAUCGAAGAUGACGGAAUUCUGUAUCAAGAAGAAAACAGAAUUGAUUUGGACACAUCUAUCGUCCAGAUCCAUAAAGGAAAAGAGGUCGAUGCCGACGAGAUCAAAGAAUUGGAAGUCUUCUUCAGAGAAGUUUUGGGAAAUGUUUCCGAUAACAUACCUAAGACAACAGUCGCAGAGAAAGUGAAUGGACAUAUAUCACAUGCGGAUUCUCCAUCACAACUUUCUGUCUCUACGCCUAUCAGCAAAAAGCUGAACGGUGUCAAUGGCAAUGGCAAGUACUCAACGGAUGCACCCAUCGGUGAUUGUAUAGAGGUUGACAUAACACCUUCAUUCGGUAAGAAGGGUAAAGGGAAGAAGAGAAAGGCUCCUAGGGAGGAUUAG